UUGGACUCUCUAAAAAAACCUCGGACUGGGAAGCUGGUCUUGCUGACGUAGACUCCAUACGACGACACGAUUCCCAUUUGGAGAAACCCCGAGGAUGGCGCUCAGCGAGUGUUCGACUUCAACCGCGUCUCGCUUCUUCCCCAUGAGCCUCCGCCGGGACGCCGCCGUUUUGGCCCCCCGGUUGUCGCUGCCCCACCGUUCUUGUGCCUCAAAGGUCCCUUCUUUCAGGACCCUCGCCGUCCGCGCUUCUACCCCACUUCUGGCUGCAGUGGCCAGUGAGGCUUGUGCCAAAGUGAUUCAUGGGAAAUAUGUUUCAAAACUAAUCAGAGAUGAGAUAUCAGCUGAAGUAUCUGGAAUGAAGGAGGCAAUUGGGGUUGCACCAGGGUUAGCAGUGAUUAUUGUUGGCGACAGGAAGGAUUUUGCGACUUACGUACCCAACAAGAAGAAGGCUUGCGAGUCUGUGGGGAUUAACUCCUUUGAAGUGCAUUUGCCUGCAGACUCAAAAGAAGAAGAAGUGCUCAAGUUUAUAACAGGAUUCAAUGAUGAUCCUUUGGUUCAUGGCAUUCUUGUCCAGUUGCCAUUGCCUUCACAUAUGAAUGAGCAGAGUAUCCUGAAUGCAGUAAGUAUUGAGAAAGAUGUGGACGCUUUUCACCCACUCAACAUUGGUCGACUUGCUAUGAGAGGUAGAGAACCCCUGUUUGUGCCUUGCACUCCUAAAGGUUGCAUAGAGCUAUUGCAUAGAUACGGUAUUGGUAUUAAGGGAAAGAGAGCUGUCGUGAUUGGCCGAGGCAAUAUCGUUGGGAUGCCUGCCGCUUUGCUGCUUCAGAGGGAAGAUGCAACCAUCAGCAUUGUCCAUUCCCGGACACAAAAUCCCGAGGAGAUCACCAGAGAGGCAGACAUCAUUAUUGCAGCUGUCGGGCAACCCAACAUGGUGAGAGGGAGCUGGAUCAAACCCGGCGCAGUGAUUAUUGAUGUCGGGAUCAACCCAGUUGAGGAUUCAAAAAGCUCUCGGGGUUACAAGCUAGUUGGAGAUGUCUGCUAUGAGGAGGCGUGUAAAGUAGCAUCAGCCACCACUCCUGUUCCAGGGGGAGUUGGUCCAAUGACAAUAGCAAUGCUUCUCUGUAAUACUCUGACAUCAGCGAAGAGGACACACAACUUCCAGUGUGUAGGCUGUUUCAGACUCUACUUUACAAUCCGCAAGACAAGUUCUGAAAUUGUGCAAGAGGAUUCGUUAUCGACGAGGACGGCAUUUACCUGCAGAUGUCCUUACUCCCUUAACUGUCUUUUCAGUUGAUCAGAGAGAUAAUGAACUCAUUUUUUCCGUGCUAGAGUUAGAGCUCUGAAAAGUGAAAAGACAUGGUUCCAUUAUCGGCGAGCUAUAGAGAUCAUAGAAUUAGCGAUUUUGUGGUGAUCUCGCAUUUGCAUUUAGUGAAUAAGUAUCUUCAGAAAAUGGGACUCUACAAUCUGGUGUAUGUGUACGUUUUGCGCUCCGGACGCUUUUUGUUCAGGUCUCUGUUUUUGGUUCUGUUCUGUUGAAAGCUCCUUUGACAAUAGGAUUUACGCAUUCUUAAUAUGUCAAAUGUCAGAUUAAACCUUGAGGUCUUGCGCAUGAGGACUGUUUCCAAUUACUCCCCUUCCUCUCUGCAUGAAAACCUUAAUG